GCCAAAAAGUGUCAGCAACGAAUCUCUGGAACAAGUCUUUCCUUGUUCAAUUUAUCAGUCACCAGUUCUCGUGCGUCUCUGCAAUCGCUCUCCCUGUGUUCUCCUGAAAUUCCACUGCUCUGGAUAUUGGCACUGUCAAGCCAGCCUCCUAGUCGAAGCUUUCCUCCUUUGGUGUCGGACGAGCAAGCAACCACUGCCUACGCAAAACUAGACGCCUUGCGUCAUGUCCCUUCCUGAUUUGUGCAAACAUUACGAGCCGUAUUUCAUUCUUCACGAGGACAAACUCAAAGCUAUUGUCCGUCGCUUCCGAGAUGAGUUCGAAGAGGGACUCGCCGAGUAUGGACAAGAUAUGGCCAUGGUGCCAAGCUUCGUGACCGGCGUCCCUGAUGGCACGGAGGAAGGCACGUUUUUGGCUCUUGACCUCGGUGGAACCAAUCUGCGUGUCUGCGAAGUGCGCUUGCUGGGUCAACAUCGUUUCGAAAUCAAACAACAAAAGUACAAAGUGUCAGACGAGUUAAAGAAGGGCCAAGCUGUGAUAUUGUUCGACUACAUCGCAGAUUCGGUGGACAAUUUCUUGACAGAGAUCGGCUCAGAGAUUGGAACGGAAGGCCCAUUGCAUCUUGGUUUCACCUUCAGUUUCCCAGUCGAACAGACCGCCAUCAAUGCUGGCAAGCUGUUGACCUGGACAAAGGGGUUUGCCGCUCAGAAUGCUAUCGGGCACGAUGUUGUCAAACUACUACAGGAUGCGUUCGACAGGAAGCAUAUCCACGUUCAAUGUAGCGCCCUGGUUAAUGACACCGUUGGAACCUUGCUCUCUCGGUCAUAUCAAAACGGUCCGGCUCUAAUAGGAGCCAUUUUCGGGACUGGCACUAAUGGUGCAUUCAUCGACGAGGUCAAGACCGUGAAAAAGCUUGGACAGGAGAAAAUUCAGGAAGCUGAGAGAGGAGGAGAGCAUGCAGGCAAGUAUAUGGUGCUCAACACGGAGUGGGGAGCGAUGGACAACAAGCGCACUACUUUGCCGAUAUCAAUAUUCGACAACAAGGUGGACCGGGAGAGCAUCAAUCCACGCAAGCAAAUGUUUGAGAAGAUGGUCUCUGGGAUGUAUCUGGGCGAGGUCUCACGGAAUAUCUUGCUCCAUUUCAUCGAUUCUGGGCUGUUGUUCGACGGAUUCUCCAGUCCCGUGCUCAACACCCACUACGGAUAUGACACAGCUUUCGUUUCAAAAGUGGAAGGCGCCAAGGACAAUGCCGAGAUCAAAAGGAUCAUUCUGCAGGACCUUGGCGUAGAGGCAGACCAUGUGACGGAGACUUGUAUCGAGAUUGUGCGCUGGGCAUGUCGAGUGGUCGCGACGAGAGCUAGUUCAUUGGCAGCAUGUGCUGUCGCCGCCGUCGUUUUACAUACUGGCAACGAUGGAUCCCGGGCCGAGCCAGAUCGAGGAGUCGACGUGGGAAUGGAUGGAAGUGUGGCCGAAUUUCUACCCAAUUUCGAGACGAGAGUACGUGACGCUCUGAGAUUGAUUCUGGGGGAAUCUGGUGAGAAACGAAUAAGUCUGGGCUUGGCGAAAGAUGGCAGUGGAAUUGGAGCGGCCUUGACUGCCCUGCAGGCAAAGAAGGCUAUGGAUCGUCGGGGGAAUGAAAAGAGCUCAGUAACGCAUGUAUGAAAGCUGUAAUAUGCAUAUUACUAGAG